UGCAACGCCUGUGUUCGCUCAACUUAGUGAAAGAUUUCAUAAUGCAGAGCGAGAAGGGAAAACCACCCUUCUUUCCACAAAAGGUUAUUUAUUGUAUGCUUGCAGAUUCUCACUGCCAAAUCUGCGUUUUGGAAAACUUGACGUGGGGCGAUGGCCGAAAGAGGCAGAGCGCUUCCGCGUCAAUGCUCACCCCACAUCUCGUCAACUGCCUACCAUCUGCGUGUUCAAAGACGCUAAGGAAAUAAAACGAAGACCACUUGUCAAUGAGAAGAGACGAGCGAUUCCAUUCGUAUUUAGCCAAGAUAAUUGCAUACUGGAUUUCGACCUGUUAAAUAUACAUAAGGAGUGUUUGGAGCGUUUGUCCUCCAAAGAUCGGAGAGAAAUCGAGGAGGAGAAGAAGUCGCAAUGA